GAAACAGAUGUUUCCGUCCUCCCGUUGGCUGCGAGACUCGACGAGACGAAACAUUUGCUCAUGGCGACAGAGUUGCUAGCCACGUGGGGAAAGUUCCUGAAGCUGUGCAGCGUGUUUAGGGUCCGGUAAGCGACCGAAGUUUGCCGAACCAGCCUUCGUUCCGGGCAGCAUCGUCGAUCAGCGGCUAGCAUUUCACGUCGCUUUGGGGCCAGCGGCCAGUAGCGAGUCCCUGGAGCGGCCCCGCGAGGCCAGUCCAUGGCCGGUCUGGGGCCGAGGGCGGCCGUCACUCUCCCGGCAGCCGCAGCCCUCGUCCUCCUCCUGUCCUUCUUCCUGCUCAAGAGGCGCCGCUCCAGACAAAACUCUGAGCGUGAACCCGUAGCACCCAGUGUCACGACCAAGCAGGAAAGCCCCGGCGAUUCCAGACCCGCAGGAGAGCCUUCCGAAGCAGAAAAGGUCGAAGCCUCGGAAUCAUCUUCGGCCACGAUGAGACUCAAGGACGAAAAGCCCAACGUGGUGGAGGUGCAGCUCAGAGGCCGGGCCAAGGAGAGGUCCCCGCCUGCCGUCGCAACGCAGCAUGGCCCCAAGGCGGCGGCGUCCUCCGGGGAAGCUGGUGAGAAUCGCAGAGAAGGGUCGCCCAAGCCCGUUGCAGAUCUCACCGAGGACAGCGAAGUGCCACGGUUGGAACCACCCACAAAAUGCGAAGGCGGUGCGUCGCCCGUUGCGUGCGGCCUCGGGAGUUCGUGUCCCGCAGAGGAGAAUGUGGUGACUUCCUGUAUGAAGUCCCCCUGUGUGGUGCUGACUGUGGAUGUCUCGGGCGGAGACGGCGCUGCGGCGCGGGUGCUCGGCGAGGAGUCGAGUGGGGGCACCGAUUGCGUGCCGGCGGCCAGCCCGAACAGCCCCAACGGGUCGGUGGACUCGCUGCUCUGCCUGUCGUCGCCAUCGAGCUCCUCCACGGCGUCGCCACAGGCGAGAAAAAGCGAAAGCGCGGUCAAAGAGGUGCAAGACCAUGUGGCAUCGCUAUCGCUGGCGGUGGAAGAGGUGGUCGUUGCCCGGGCGGCCUCCGAAGUGGGUGCAGUCGCCGGUGACCCCUCCCAGAGGGACGUGACGUCGGGGAGCAAGUGCAGUGACUCAGGAGCCUCGCGGGGCGAGGGAGGUGCGAAGGGGGCUACCGUGGCGGUUCCUCCGGCAGAUGAGGCAAGCCCCGACGACAAGUCAGGGGUGCUCACGCAAGCGCUCGUCUUCUCGGAUGCACACAGUGAGGGGUCGAGCGACAGCGGCAAAGGGGGCAGCGACAUCCACGGGGGCUUUGGGGGCCUGGCCCCGGAAGACCUCCCGGCAGUGUACGAGUUCGAGCUUCCCCGGGAGCUGUGUGGGCGCUUCAUCGGCCAGGGGGGCCGCAACGUGGCCGCCAUCAAGGCGCGCUCCAACGCCAGCAUCUAUGUGCACCAGCACCCCCUCAGUUCCAAGUUGAAGCUCUGCACCAUCGAAGGUACCCAGGAGGAGAUCAGGAUAGCACUCGACAUGAUCCGGAAGAAGUUCCCUCUCAGCGCCUACCCGAGCAUGACACUGGUGCAAGUGAAUGCGGUGCCUCUGCACGGAGUGGCACUGCCAGACACGUUGCAGCUGCGCCUUCCCGACGGCGUGACAUGCGACGUGGUGCUGACGAGCCUGGUGACGGCGGGCCACUUCUUCCUGCAGCAGCCCACCCACCCAACUUACCCGUCCCUGGCCAGGCUGGACCAGUGCAUGCUGGCCUGCUACGCACAGGGGCUGGACACCCCGCCUCUGCCACGUCCCGCCGAGGCGGGCAUCAUCUGUGCCGCCCAGGUGUGCGGCGGCUGGUUCCGGGCCCUGGUGGUGGGCACCUCGGAGGACGGGGAGGAGUGCGACAUCAAGUUCCUCGACUACGGGGGAUACAUGCGCCUGGCCACCUCCCUGCUCAGGCAGAUUAGGAGCGAUUUCAUGAUGCUGCCCUUCCAAGCGUCCGAGUGCUACCUGGCCAACGUCCAACCCGCGGGAGAGGACGGGGUGUGGUCGACCGAGGCCUGUGCCACCUUCGAAGACCUUGCCCAGGGGCAGAUCCUGCAGGCCCUCAUUGUGGGCUAUGCGGACAACGGCAUCCCGCUGGUGCAUCUCUACAGGGUACAGGGAGUCUCGAGCGUGUUCAUCAACCGAGAGCUGGUGACCCGGGGAGUGGCGUGCUGGCUGGAGCACGGCGGGGCGUCCCUCUGACCCCAGCUGCCCCUCGGGGCCCCCGUCACCCAGUCAGCCAGCGGCAGAGGGACACGCACCCCCGCACACAGGCACGCCCCGAGACCCGGGCCGCCUCUGCUGCCCCCCGUGUGGGCACUCCCGGUGCGCCCCACCUGGUGCUAUUGACGCUCCGGAAGGACGCCGCCCGACAAUGACCGUUGCUCUGCAAAGAACACUCGUUGCUCUCGUUGUCGUUGGGGGGGAGGGUGCCUCGAGGCUCCGGGUCAGAGUCCCACCUUCCAAAGUCGCGGGGUUUUGCGUACUCCGUCUUUGGGCCUCGUCGGCUUUCCCUGUGCUGGUUUGUGCAUUUUUCGUUAGCAGUCUACAAAAGCUGCGGGCUCGCUCAUGCGGCUUUCGCUUUGUGAGAAAAGACGUAGCCCUGCCGAGGUUGCGUUUCGUACGCAAAAGAUGCAAAAAGGGUAAUCGUAGCGGAGGCUCGAAAAUUUGGUUUGGCCACUGUGUCUAGCUCACGACACCGAGAGAGUUGGUGCCGAGCGUCUCGGCUUCCGUGGGAAUGCUUCGUAUCUACAAAUGCACCCUCCGGCCGGCGACCCGCCCCACAGUCGCUCGUCCGAAAGGUGCGUCGAGGUGUCCCCGGUCACUUUCUGUUCUUCCGACUUUUUUUAUUUCCCGACCCGGAGGCUCGUGUGGCCCCAGUUUAUUAUGCAUACCGUGUCAUUCAAUGUACAUAUGGGUGGUCGCCCAGCCUCGCCGCUGCGGCCUGCUUUGCAUUGGUUUCUAUCCCACUUUUGUGGGGCGCUUUAUUCCUCGUGGGACACGCGUGGGUUGUUGUUGCCUCGUUGCUUGUAUAUAAGUUUGGCAGGUGUGCAUGCGUGUGCGCAGCAGCUCUUUCCCUUCCCGUUGGAGGCUCUCGUUUUUUUUCUCUCGACAUGUGUACCCCGUGUCUGGUUCAUUUGCAAAGCGCCGCAAAGUGUUUACGGUCUCCGCUUGGUCCGCCUGCCGAGGAGGCAACGGAUGCGCCGGCUGUGCUCGAUUGAACGUGCGGUUAUUUAAGACGUUGUGGAUCGAAUGUUGAAUGAAUAAAGAGUUUUGUUUUUCUUGUUGC